CCUAGCUCCUGAGUCGCCCCCGCGUUUGGCCCGCAUGAAACCGCCUCGCGCAUUGUCUUCGUUAAAUACUACUCAACUAUCCAAUUCGGGCAGUGCCUACCUCGACAUUAUCCUUACUGUGGUUCUCCAAGCUAUCACAAGAUCCUAUAUGAACUCGAGGCUUGUUUGUCGAACUCUCACCUUUUCUACCAGCCGUAUCCCCCCAAACCCCGCACGAGUCUCACAACACCAUAUCAAAAGCAUAUCCAGACCCUUUACUCAGAUCCCUACCGUCAAGAUGGCCAACCGUGUGCACCGAAUCACUAUGUUCAAGCUGCCUAGCAAGGACGAGCAGGCCAAGCUUCUGGACCAGUACCAUAAGCUCAAUGCCUCUCAGCAAAAGGACGGCAAGCCCUAUAUCCUCUCCAUGGUUGUUGGUGCCGCCGAUGAGGAUGCUCGGUCUCAGGGAUACACCUUUGUCUCCAAGACCGAGUUCGCUAGCAUGGAGGACAUGAAGUAUUAUGACGAGGGUUGCCAGGCUCACCAAGCGCUCAAGGACUUUGUCAAGGGCUCGCUUAACCCUCAGGGGGUUAUGACCGUCUACUUCAAACCCCAGGCUGUCGGUGGUGCUGAUCACAGUUCCUGAGCAGGGAACCACGAAAUAAAUCGAACAGCUAAUUCACCUUCAUACAUCAAUGCUUUGAGGAGUUCCGCAAACUGGUAUAUUUAUGUCCCUAACAAUAUUCUCCCG